AUGCCUCUGGGAAACAUUCCCCUAUCCACGAACAUCGGAGACUACUCGUCCAAGAAGCUCAAGAAACGUUGGCCAAAGCCCCUUGCAAAGAAGUAUCGCCGUGUGCCAUCACCUGCUGGGUGGCCCGAGAAGGUCCUGAGAGAGGAUGAAGAGUAUUAUGCGGUCGCCUCUCGGCUUUGGGUGGAGCAAGCUAAGAAUCUCUCUGAGGAGAGUAGGAAAAACUUCAUCGAAGGAUUGAAGUUCCUUCGCAGGACUAGCAGUGCUGAUCAUUGCCUCACUACUCACACCUUGGCAAGACGAUAUGAGAGCACUCGAGAUAUCAUUUUCCCUAUCCUCCUAAAAAUUGUUUACUCUAGCGAGCAGUACAAGAGCCUCAAGCCUUUCUCAGAAGUCAAAGAUCAAUACCCGGGAUGGAACCCCGACUCUGAUGAUGCUUCUUUUAACUCUUGGGUCCCAAAGGAAUACAUCAAGGAGCCUCCAUCAGGUCAAAUGCUGGUCACGCGAUCCUAUCUGAAAGGAGAGCUCACUCGCGUUGGGACCAAGCUGGAAAAGCAUAUCGACGAGAAAGCGCACACUCUUUAUCUUGAUCUCAAAGUAAAACUUGAUCUGAUAUUGAGCACUAUCAGCAUCCUUGGAAGGCAGGAUUCAAAUGCAAAGGGGACGAGCACUGCGGUCGUGGCCCCUCUUCCGAAACCUACAUCACAUGGAACCAUUCAGACUGGUGGAGACGAAGACUGGGAAGAUAUCCCUGAUGGCACAAGCAGGAAGAAGGGAAAGAAACGUGAAGCUGCUGGAAAGGCACCCUCUACUGCCACUCAGCUGCCUGACUCUGGCGAAGCUGCUCCUGCUGGUGCAAGCAGGAAGAAGGGAAAGAAACAUGAAACUGCUGGAAAGGCACCCUCUACUGCCACUCAGCUGCCUGACUCUGGCGAAGCUGCUCCUGCUGGUGCAAGCAGGAAGAAGGGAAAGAAACAUGAAGCUGCUGGAAAGGUACCCUCUACUGCCACUCAGCUGCCUGACUCUGGCGAAGCUGCUCCUGCUGGUACAAGCAGGAAGAAUAAGAAAACACCUAAGCCUUCUGGGAAACAGACUGCCAUUGGUAGCCUAUCCUCUGAUGAAGGUUCUGAUAUUCCUCUUUUGGGAAAGGUCAAUUCAACUCAUACCGGCGCUGAUUUGCAGAAAUCCUCUUCAGCCCCUCCAGGAGCAACCAGGACUCCGUUGCCCAACGCAGCUCCUACCUCUCGACUUGCCAAGGCGGGAAAACCAUCGUCUGGUGGAAAGCGAAAGACUCCUUCCCCUGCUGCAGACCAUGGGGGUACCGACGAAGAAUUCUCCACGCCCAGCAAGAGGCCGAAGAGACGCAAGACUGCCCCUACUACUGUUCAAGCUACUCCAUCUGCCCCUACUACUAUUCAAGCUACCCCUUCUGUCCCCGCAACCCUUCAAGAGACUCCUGCUCCUGAGACUACCAAGAAGAAGAAGGUCAAAGUUCGCGACACGAUAGAAGGCAGCCCUCCGCCCGGCUCUGCUGAGUUUGAUGCUCUCGAGCCCAAACAAAAGGCUUGUUUAACAAGGAUUCGGAGAGAACGUGCCCGACUUGAAGAGGACCUGAGGCAAGGUCGUGCUCUUAGGCUCAAAGAGAAACUGGAGAAUGAAGAGUUUAAGCGGAAGGUACAUGGAAGGGAUGGACGUGCUUCUUCUGCUGUUUCGUUUGAUGAUAUCUUGGAAGAGAAUUCUGGUUCUUCCUCCCAUGAGAAUGCUGAUGCUUUCAAAACCCCUCUGGAGACGUACCCAUCUGAGAAGCCUGCUUCCCUGAGUGUACAGCCCUCCCUACAGGAGCAAGCUGGAAGUGCUUUCGGUCGCGAACCUGUCCCUCCAGGCCCUACUCUUCCUACCCGAUCUAUUUUUGGCCCAGUCGCUGAACAGAAUGCUGAACAAUGGAAGUCUGCUUCUGGUUAUACUCCACUCUCUGAGAAGGACCCCAUUUCUACUGCCCUUACAGCAGAGGUAUCGCUGGCCCCUCCUCUACAAGAUCUUUUGAAGAACUGGGAAAAGGUCUAUGAGAAUCAAGGAGCCAAAACUGAUACAUCUGCCAUCGAUGGUUUGAAGAGAUGGGAAGAGACCUAUGGGAAUCGGGGAGUCAAAGCACAUACAUCUGCUCGGGAUGCGUCUAUCUCUGCUGGUUUCACUUCACUCAGAAGAGCUCAGACUGGCCACGUUAGGCCUCAAUUUACUCCCAUCAACAGGCCUGUUUCUGGAGGAGUGGCAGCCUCUUCCCUGCUGGGACAAGCUGGAGCUUCAACCUUCAAGUUUCAAACCCCUCCUCCUCGCCGCUCUGAAUCUGGUACGGUGUCUCCAGCUCCACGAUUCUCUCCCCAAAAGGUUGUUUCUACGUUGGGACCAACUUCUGUGUGCCCGCAGGCACAAGCUGGGAGUAGAGAACUGGAAUCUGCAUCUCAUGGAAGCUUGUCAUCUACCUUGGCAUCUGAGGCUCUUGUUGACCCGAAUGGUGAACUUUCUAUGGCCAACUAUCCGGCGCGUGUUGAUGACCCCGCAGCCAACACUAGCGAACCCGUCUUUGAGAGACCUGGUAUUCUUGAUAACUUGGAUUCUCUGGAAGGUGAUGUUUGA